AUGCACAAUCACAGAUCAUGGGAGAACCGUCGUGAGACCAUUUUCGAGCUGCUGCGGCGAUGCUGCAUCCAAAGCGCCAGGAGCGACUGCCUGGACUCCGACACCCGCCUUGCGGACCCGGAGGGCGUGGAGGAUGCCUGGCUCUUCCUCUUGACGUUACGGCGACGUAGCCCAGUUCGGAAGAGACGCAUCGAUGAGUGUCUAAAGGCGCUCCUCUCCUCUGAUAGGUGGAUGCAGGCCCUCAAGAGAUCACCGAGGGUGCUGAAGCUGCUGGACGAGGACGACGAGAGUAAAGCAUUACUUACUGUGCUGCCAGAUGGGCGAGACGUGGAUGGUGCAACUCCUGCCAAGUUUUCGAAGAUGAGUCCCAAAGCAAUGGCUGGUACUUCCGUUUUCUCAGCCGCGAUGCUGGCAACGGAGCCGAACUCACCUGUUGGCGAGGACGCUGCUCGACCAUCCGAGAUGCACUCUGACCACAGUAUCGCCAACAUCGACGCCGAAGGUGCACCCUCGAAGACACCAGACUCCGAACAAAAGCACACAGUGACUUCGAAAGUGGCUGGUGCCACGGUGGCGACGUUCCAAGCUGCACGUGAUGCAAAUCAGAAGUACGGCGUCACCGACAAGAUCGGGGAAGGUGCCAAGGCAGCGUACACGAAGGCGCGAGACUUCGAACAACAGCACCACGUGACUUCGAAAGUAGCUGGUGCUACGGUGGCGACGUUCCAAGCCGCGCGCGAUGCAAAUCAGAAGUACGGCGUCACCGACAAGAUCGGGGAAGGUGCCAAGGCGGCGUACACGAAGGCGCGAGAUUUCGAACAACAGCACCACGUGACUUCGAAAGUAGCUGGUGCUACGGUGGCGACGUUCCAAGCUGCACGUGAUGCAAAUCAGAAGUACGGCGUCACCGACAAGAUCGGGGAAGGUGCCAAGGCGGCGUACACGAAGGCGCGAGACUUCGAACAACAGCACCACGUGACGUCACAAGUUGCCAAUGGGCUGAAAGCGGGCGCUAGUGGUGCUGCAUCUGCUGCCAGUUCGUUGGCAAAGGGUUCAAACCCAUUUGCUCAGAGACCGUCGCCUGAGGCUGAGGUCAAUGCCCGCAAUCCUUUCCGAGAAGCUCGCAACAAUGGAAAUCCGUUCCGGUGA